CAUGUGGCAAUGACAAAACAGCUGUUUCUGACAAUCUCAGGUUAAGAUUGCUGAUGUUUUCAGUAUUUAUUAUUGUAAAUUAUCAAUAAAUGAACCACUGUGUUUGAAGUUGAAAUUUUCACAAGGUAUGCAUUAGUUUACAUACCCACAAAACCACUCAAAGUUUCCACUUUAAAAGGAAUCGAGCCGAUUCUUUGAAGUUAUUUUCGGCGAUGAGCCAAAUAGACCCUGUUUCUUAAAAUCGUUAAUAAAUCCGUAUAAAUAGAAAUUACAUCACUUUAUUCCAAGUUUCAAGGCGAUAUCUUCCUCACUGUUGUAUCCAAUCAUUUCGAGCGUUUAAAAUUACUACGCUUUCAGCAUUUUUAACGUAACGUAUACAUACAGGUGAAUAUAUUCAGAAAAUUGCCAUUUACACUGAUCAAGUGAUCGCAGUAUGGCUGAACCUAUUGUUAAUCCUGAAUUGCCAUUCGUCGGCGAAGUUCCUUCAGGACUGCAGGCAGGGAAAAUGCUCAGGUUUCAAGGAGUAACUCAUCCAGAUAGCGAUAGGUUUAACAUUAACUUGGCAACUGGUCCAAAUGCUAAGCCCAGGGAUGAUACAGCUUUGCACGUUUCUGUGAGGUUCAACCAAGGCUACAUUGCUAGAAACAUUUACAAGGGGGGCGCUUGGGGUGAUGAACAAGGCAGUGGAAAAUUGCCUAUUGGUCAGGCGCAAAGCUUUGAAAUUAUUAUCCUGGUGGAUCCUCAACAUUACAAGAUUGCUGUUAAUGGACAACAUUUCUGUGAAUUCCCUCACAGAAUUCCUUAUCAAGAAGUAUCCCAUCUUUUAGUAGACGGCGACGUCGCGUUAACUCUGAUAUCGUUUGAAGGAAUUCCGCUUCCUGGAAACGAAACAUCUAGUCAAUCUUCCCAAGUAAACGCCGAAGGUCCUCAAGGUGCUCCUCAAUUUCAAUAUGGGCCGCCACCUGGUGCUUAUGGGGCUCCACCUCCAAAUUACGGAGGGUAUGCUCCUCCUCCACCUCCAGGAGCCGAACCGCAAUCCCAAUUUGGCGGCAUCUUUGAGCAGGCUCAAGAUAUAUUGGCCGGUGCUAUCAAGAGUGGAGCUGCAGAAAAACUAUUGGGUAGCAUUUUAAGUUCAAGUGGUCAGCCGAAUCAGCAGCCUCAAGGAUAUGCACCGCAAAAUGCGAGAUACGGAAUCUACCCUGACCUCCCCACUCAGGAUACAUCUCAAAUACCCACUCAGCCUACGAGCAAUUCAAAUUCUCAAGAUUCAGCUCUUAGCAAUCUAAUUGCUGGUUCUGGAGGCACCGUAACAUCCGGUCCCCAACCCACACUUCAAAGUGGAGGAUCAGCAGCGCCUCCUCAAAAUGCUGGUCCUUUAGAGGGCCUUUUAAUGGGUUUGCUGAGUAAUAAAACAGAUGGACAUGUCGCGCCUGGACCACCGCAAAAUGCCCAAUCUGGCGGAUCAGACUUAUUAUCCGGGCUGUUAUCUAGUCUGGUGAGUGGAGGCAAUCAGGGACAAAACGCUCCCCAGACAGGACCUGGGGGACAAGCACCGCCACAAGGUAGUCAAGGGCAAGGCUCAGACGUAUUAUCUGGAAUUCUAUCCAGCCUUCUUUCGCCAAAGCAGGAUCAGAACGGCCCGCAAGCUCCAAAUCAGCCACCAGCUAAUGCUCAGAAUAAAAGCCAAGGCUCUGAUCUACUGGCUGGCUUAUUAUCUAGCUUGGCGUCCCCCAGUCAGCCUCAGCAAAAUCAAGGUCCACAAAGCCAGACCCAAGGAAAUAACGAUGCGCUCAGCAACAUACUGCGGAACCUAAGCGCAGGUGGAAAUACAAGCAAUUCGGGCCAGCCACCCAAUUUACCUCCGCAAGCUCCGAAUGCAAACAACCCUUCUGCUCCGCAGGGGGGAACAGAUAUGCUAGCAAAUCUACUGCAGGGAUUUAUGAGCAUGGCUAAAGAGCAACAUGACAGUACAAGACCAAUCCAGGAAACAAAUCCUGCCGCUGUGGUUCAGAAUGUUGGACCUCCACAGAAUCCCCAACAACAAUAUGGACAGUAUCCUCAUCCUCCACAACAGGAGCAAAGGGGACCGAUGGAGUCUUUGCUGUCAGGACUUUUAUCAGGCGGAGGUGGUCAACAACAACAACAACCUCACCCUCCUCAAGUUGGUGGAGAGGGAUCGAUUGGAGGACUGGGUUCGAUGGGAGGCAUUUUGGGUUCAUUGGCAGGUUCUCUUUUACAUAGACCGGAUCAAAACCAAGGCCAUUCCUUCCAAUAAGAAGCUGAAUUAACUUAAUAAAAUCUAGCAGCAAAUAAGAUCAAGUCUUUAUCCAGAACAUUUAAAUGUCUUAAUGUUAUCUAUUAUGAAAUUUUAAUAUCAAGUUCUAGUGUUGUUAAAUUUCUUGUUUUAUAUAGGACAUAUUUUUGUGAACGAAAAACCGCUUCUAGUCUUUAGGGUUGAAAUUUGAUUUGUAGCUUCUUUCUAGUACAAACUUUUUAUAUUUUUUUAAUUUUUAUUGAUGUUUUUAUACGUUAACGUAUAGCUUGGUUUUAUAGGCAAAAUUUAUAAUCCUCAAGCUUUCUUUUAUGUUAUAUUUACUAAUAUAGAUUAGCAACUCGUUAUAUUCAAGCUUGUAAAUUAUUUACCAAGCAAAUUGUGCUGUAAAAUGAAAUUACUUAUACAUAUUAAAUGCACAAAGUUUUCAAAAUA